GCCGCAGCCUUAUGGCGAAGCGCGCAGGGGAGCGAGGAGCAGCAGUCCGGCACAGGAGCGGAGCUUUACUCUAAUAUGGGAUUUCAAGGCGUGUGUGGACGUGGCAGGCACAUGCACACUUCUUUGAGCUCUACACCGAUCAGGGAAGGCUGCUGAACUCGAACCACCUACUGAGGGUUUCCACUUUAUUUCCCCCCUGAGCGGAGUAGAAUGCAAAGAUGCCAAUCCUGCAGAAAGAGACGGCCAGAGACCGAGAGGACCAAGGGCUGCCAAAGGUCCCAGUGCCCCCGCUGAAACAAACCCUGGACACGUACCUGAGGUGCGUCCAGCACCUGGUGAAGGAGGAGCAGUUCAAGAGAACGAAGGCCAUGGUGGAGAAGUUCGGGGCCCCUGGGGGAGUCGGAGACCAGCUCCAGAAGAAGCUUUUAGAGAGGAGGGACAAAACGACCAACUGGGUCUAUGACUACUGGCUGGAGGACAUGUACCUGAACAACAGGUUGGCUCUGCCGGUCAACUCCAGCCCUGUCAUGGUGUUUCCCAAGCAGACGUUCAGAGAUCAGAAAGACGCCCUCAGAUUCGCUGCUCAACUCAUCAGAGGCGCGUUGGACUAUAAGGGACUCAUUGAUGAGCGAGCGCUGCCGGUGGAGUCCGCUCGCGGGCAGUUAGCUGGAACCCCUCUGUGUAUGGAGCAGUACUACCGCCUCUUCACCUCCUACCGCUACCCGGGGCUAAAGACAGACACGCUGAAGGUGCAGACGAACGCAGCCUCCUCUUCGGCGCCAGAGCACAUCAUUGUGGCGUGCAAGAACCAGUUUUUUGUGUUGGAUGUCGUGGCGAAUGGCAAGCAGCUCAACGAGAUGGAGAUUUUAUCCCAACUGGAGAAGAUCAUGAAAAUGGCAGAAAACGCUGAAGAGAGACUUCCUGCUUUUGGUAUCCUGACGUCUGAUGGGAGAACAGAAUGGGCACAAGCCAGAGAUGCACUGACAAAAGAACAAACCAACAGGGACUCUCUGGCUCUGAUCGAGAGCUGUCUGUGUGUGGUGUGUCUGGAUGAACCCAGCGGCCUGGUGCCCAGUGACACCAACAGGGCCUUGCUGAUGUUGCACGGUGGCGGCCGCGAGAAGAACGGGGCAAACCGCUGGUACGACAAGUCAAUGCAGUUUGUUGUAGGAAUGGACGGGACUUGCGGGGUCGUGUGCGACCAUUCUCCAUUCGAGGGGAUAGUUCUGGUGCAGUGCUCUGAAUACCUGAUGAAAUAUAUAACUGGGAGUCCCUCCAAGACGGCGAGGGCUUUCAGCAUCAGAGAACUCCCCCCUCCAAGGAGACUCCUCUGGAAAUGCAGCCCCCACGUCCAGGGUUUACUAACGGCAUCUGGAGACAGACUCCAGAGGCUGGUGAAUAAUCUUGACAUGGAUGUUUUCAAGUUCACAGCUUAUGGAAAAGAAUUCAUCAAAAGGCAGAAUAUGAGUCCAGAUGCGUUUAUACAAGUUGCAUUACAACUUGCAUUUUACAAAUGCAGAGGAAGGCUCGUGUCCACAUAUGAGAGCGCGUCCAUCAGGCGUUUCCAGGAAGGUCGGGUAGACAACAUUCGCUCUGCCACCCAAGAGGCCCUGGCCUUCGUGAAGUCCAUGACAGACGAGAGGGUCAAUUUCUCCGACUCAGAAAAAAUGAAGCGAUUGAGGGAUGCAAUUAAGUCCCAGACAAAUUAUACAAUUGCAGCGAUUACAGGAAUGGCUAUAGACAAUCAUUUCCUCGGGCUCCUGAGAAUCUCAAGGGAGAUGAACAUGGAAAAGCCAGAGAUCUUCUGUGAUGAGACGUAUGUGGCCAGUAACCACUUCAUCCUCUCCACCAGUCAGGUUCCGACCACAGUGGAGAUGUUCUGUUGCUACGGCCCUGUGGUGCCCAACGGCUAUGGCGCCUGCUACAACCCGCAGUCAGACCACAUCAUCUUCUGCGUGUCUAGUUUCUGGGAGAACACAGAGACGAGCUCGGCCGUGUUCGUCAAAGCCCUGAACGAGGGCCUGCUGGAAAUCAGGGACCUGUGCAAUAGAGGAAGCGCUGCAGCGGCCAAACUGGUAGAAAGCAGCCAAGGAGCCGCUCUGCCUCAUAAAUCAGGGAAGUAAGCCAUACUGAGACUUGUACUCUUAGACUUAGAUUUUAGCUUUAGACUCAGUAGUUGAGAUGCCUUCAUCUGUCUUUGUUGUCUGUGCAAUAGUGUUCCCUUCACAACAAAUGCAAAGCCUUAAAAGUUCACAUACAGUAUAGUAUGAACAUCUUUAAAAAAUGAAGAAACAUAGUUUUCUUUUGGGUCUGUGUGGACAUCAGAAUACGUUCUGCUCCAACACUGACUCUGCUUAUCUCAGUAGACUUGAGAUUAACUGGUCUGCUGCCUUUAGGAAACUGAAGCCAUGUCUGCUUUGUAGCACUGAUGUGAGGGGAAGGUCCUCUGUCAGAGAGUUAUUAAACCAAGUGAUCGCAGUAUAUACAGACGGGCGACAAAUUAAAGGAAAUGCCCGGAAACAGGACGACAUCCACAUGAACGGGAACUGAAUCCUGUGCUUUGAAAUCAACGGUCACCAGAUUUCAACCCCACAUCACCCAGGGAGGGAAUAUGCUUUGGCAGAAUGUUGUUCAAGCGUCCAGCAGAGCUCCAGAGAUUCAAUACCAAGGCUCCGUGAAGCCGCUCUGGUGCCGCUUGGCCUUGAGUUUCUCCCCCGUCUGUAUUUCACACAUGUAACCGUAGAGUAGUAAUGCAAUAGACAUGACAGGAUUAUGUUUAAAAAAAUAAUAACAAAGUGUAUUUUCUUGACUCACAACCAACAUGACAUCCUGUAAAUGUGACCUGUUUCACUGUGUGUGCCACCGUGUUCUCAACAAACUGGAUCAAUGGUUCUAUUUUCUUCUUAAUGUGUUUAAACAUGUGAAGUGAUCCUACUGACGCCAUUAAGUUGCCAAAGAGGUCGUGCAUAUGUGACGUCAUGUGAUUAUCAGGCACUUUAAGAUAUUUUAAUGUGAAGAUGUGAAUGAAUACGUGUAAAACAUAGAGGACUGGUUAAUAAGUAUUGUGUGUGUGUAGAGAGAAAACGUGAUAUGGUUUCAGUGACACAUCUGAAGCCGUCUCAUUUGUUCUGCGUGUUUGAGCUCGAUAUCAUAGCAAUAGUUAACGUGUAAAGUGACCAGAGCUAGUUUAUAAGUAAGAUACAGUCCAGUGGUGACUAGGCGAGGCAAACCACUGUGUUCCAAUGUACAUGAGUGCUUUCUAUUUGCACGUAGAGGUAGAAUGAGGGUAGUGAUGUAUUGUAUUGUAGGUACUUUGUGCAAUAACUUAAGUGCAGUGUGGGUGUAUGUGCAAUUUACCACAUCAAUUCAUUAGAUGCAUGGAGCUGAUAUGUAAUAUACAGUUGCUAUUUUUGAUAUUUGAUAUUUCAGAAACAACAGAGUGAUGUUAUAAGAAUUAUUGCAAUCUGCAUGCAUGCUGGUUUGGUCAAAGUGUACCGUGACUUCAAUUGUGGGUCUUGUUUCAGUCUGUGGUUCGUGUUGCAGCAAAUCGAACCCUCGUGGUGAAAGUGUGAUACUUGUCGUCCCGUGUCCAGACGAUGACAUUUACUGUGUGUUUGUUACGUAUUCGUAUGCAUCAUCAGCCAAAGUGAAUGUGAACCACGUCGAUGGUUUCAAAAUCCACACAUGCAUGUUUAUUCUUACAUACUAAAUGUAUUUUUAUAUGUCCACAUAAAGAGUUUUAAUAAUCAUAUAGAAAAUAUGGUUUGUGCGUAUAACAAUGAUGCCUUAAAUGACAGUGUUGCAAACUGUUACAGAUGUAAGAUUCUAUAAAUGUUUAAUGUUGAUUUGAUCGACUUGGUGUUUUCUGUCUAAUCAGAGUGAUACAUGUAAAUGAAUGUAAUAUUUGUCGGGUGUAACUCAGUGGAAUUUCCCCAUUUCUCUCGUUCUUAUUCUAUCUAUAGUAUUAAUGUGCACUGAUAAUAAAGUUACACUCAUCUUGACAUCCACAUCACUACACCUAAUGUG